CUGCAAGCGUGAGGUUUACCGGGCUGGACCAACCGAAGCAUCUGCCUGCCGGUCUAACAGGCUUUUAUUGUUCAGCAGCGCUCAAAGUGAAGGAAAACCUCUUUUUAAGGAUAUAACAAAGGAAGUUGAACCAUGUCUUCCAGCUCAGCAACGGUGCGCAUCCUCAUAAAGGGAGGUAAAGUGGUCAACGAUGACUUCACACAAGAAGCAGAUGUGUACAUCGAGAAUGGCAUCAUCCAGCAGGUGGGCAAAGAGCUGAUGAUCCCAGGUGGGGCCAAGGUUAUAGAUGCCACGGGAAAGCUGGUGCUUCCGGGUGGCAUAGACACCAGCGUUCACCUAAACGAGAGCUUCAUGAAUGGCACUACUGCAGACGACUUCUACAGCGGCACAAAGGCGGCUCUCGCUGGAGGCACCACUAUGGUGAUUGGUCACGUGCUACCAGAGAAGAACGAGUCAUUGCUAGAUGCCUAUGAAAAAUCCCGCUCUCACGCUGAUGCCAAAGCCUGCUGUGACUAUGCCCUGCAUAUGGGAGUGACCUGGUGGGGGCCUAAGGCUAGGGCUCAAAUGGAGAUGCUGGUACGAGACAAAGGGGUGAACUCCUUCCAGAUGUACAUGGCGUAUAAGGACAUGUACAUGCUGAGGGACAGCGAGCUGUUUCAGGCCCUGCAGAACUGUAAGGAUAUUGGUGCUGUGGCCCGUGUCCACGCGGAGAACGGAGAGCUGGUUGCUGAGGGUGCCCGAGAGGCUUUGGAUCUGGGUAUUAGUGGACCAGAGGGCAUUGAGAUAAGCAGACCUGAGGAGCUGGAAGCAGAGGCCGUCCAUCGAGCCAUCACCAUCGCUAACAGAGCCCACUGUCCCAUAUAUCUUGUGAAUGUUUCCAGCAUGUCAGCAGGAGACGUUUUAGCAUCGGCUAAAAUGCAAGGGAAAGUGGUGCAUGGAGAGACCACCACUGCUCACGCUGUCUUAAACGGGAUGCAGUAUUAUCACCAGGACUGGGCCCACGCAGCUGCUUUUGUCACUGUGCCGCCGCUCAGACUUGACCCCAACACACCCAAUUACCUGCUCAGCCUUCUGGGAAAUGACACUCUGAACGUUGUGACUUCGGACCACCGACCCUUCACCACCAAACAGAAGGCGAUGGGCAAAGAUGACUUCACCAAAAUCCCUCACGGCGUUCCUGGAGUUCAGGACCGUAUGAGCGUCAUGUGGGAGCGAGGAGUGGUUGGAGGCAAGAUGGAUGAGAAUCGUUUUGUUGCUGUCACCAGCUCCAAUGCUGCAAAGAUCUACAACCUUUACCCCAGAAAGGGCAGGAUCAUCCCUGGAGCUGAUGCUGACGUGGUGGUUUGGGAUCCAGAAUCAACAAGGACCAUCUCAGUGACCACUCAAUGGCAGGGUGGUGAUGUGAACCUCUAUGAGAACCUGCGCUGUCACGGCGUCCCGCUGGUCACCAUCAGCCGCGGUCGCGUGGUCUAUGAAAAUGGCAUCUUUACUUGUGCUGAGGGCUCCGGAAAGUUCUACCCUCUCCGAACCUUCCCAGACUACCUCUACAAGAAAAUGGUCCAGAGGGAGAAGUGUCAAGCACUCAAGGGGGUGGAGCGCACGCCCUAUACUGGAGAUGUGGCUGCGGUGCAGAAUUACGGGAAGAAGGAUCUGGGCCCUUCAGACGGGGACAUGAACCCACGACCCUGCACACGCCACGGGGGAGUGAGAGACCUCCACGAGUCCAGCUUUAGUUUGUCUGGUGCCCAAAUUGAUGACAACGUUCCAAAGAGAGCUUCUGCAAGGAUUCUGGCGCCCCCUGGUGGUCGUUCAAGUGGAAUCUGGUAACUGUGGAUCAACGCUUAAAAAAAAAAAGUCUGAAAUUACACACUUACGGUGCAUUCUGACAACCUCACAUCUGAUGAACAUUAUUUAAUUUAAUCACUCGCAACUAAACUCCAGUGUUGUUUUUAUAUAUAUACACAUGUGUACAAGGUGAAAAAAACUAUUUGUGCAGAAAUUGGAAAACAAGGUAUAAGUCAGAGAGAUUUGGUAAUUCAAAAUGUUACAGGGUGUUUUAAUCUGAAAUAGUUACGGUUACGCUCAACUUCAAACUCAACACCGUUUUAGUGCUAAAUUAACGACAGACAUUGGUUUUGCUACCACACUAACACAUUUACAACAUUUAUGCUGCCGUUUAAAGAAAGCUGUUUUUCAAAUGGGGACGUUAUUAGUUUGUGUAGUUGGUCAUGGCUUGAAAAAUGUGAACCAUUGUAAAGUUAUUUAAUCUUUUAACUGUUUUAAUGUGUUGGCAGAUGACUAUACAUUUACCUCAGUGUUUUUCUCUCGUGUGUAUAUUCACACCCGGCCUCUAUUACAACACUUACAGACAUCACUUUCUGACAGCAGGUGCAGAUAUCAAAAGCUAGUCUUACUUUUGUUGAGGUGUUAAUAUUCUUUAUUCCUAUUUUUAAUUCGUUUUUAACAUGCUGAUGAUUCAAAGCAAAUACAAGAAAUGAUAAAUGUCUUUGGUUUGUGACCACUUUGGUAUUUCAUUUGAAAGAAAUUCAUUUAUAUGAAGCAUUUGUUGUUUAUAAGCACAGAAACCUGACCUUCUAAAAUGUGAAUUAAAGGGAUAGAUUAGCCAAAAAUAAUAUUCUGUCAUCAUUUAUUCACCCUCAAGCUUUAUAAGUUUGUGUUAUUUGUGAUAUUUUGAAGAAUGUUUGUUGAAAUGCAGCCAUUAACAUCAAUAAUAGGACAGAAAACUGGAUGUCAAUGUCUACAAGUUUCCAACAUUCCUCAAAAUAUCUUCUUUUUUGAUCCACACUAGAAAGACGGUGGAUGUCCAUGUCUACAGGUAUCCAACAUUCCUCAGAAUAUCUUCCUUUUUGAUCCACAAGAAAGACAGUGAGUAAAUGAUGACAAAAUUGUCAUUUUUGGGUGAAUUGUCAAUAUUGUUUACGGUUACAUUUCAAAUUUUGUUAAUCUGAAAUUUGCCUUUUUUAAAUCUCAUAAUUCAAUUAUUCUUCAUAACAUUAGCAUAAUUUAGCUGUUUGUUCUAGAAUGACCUAUAUAGUGUCAUUCCAUUGGUUGCUCAAUGAACAUUAUAGCAACUAUUAAUCUGCAUGUUUACAAAUAACUCACUUCUGAUCAAUGAGCUCCAGAAAGUCCAGGGAAAAAAAAGACAGCAGACAGUUUACUGGCAAGGCAUACCUUCUGUAGAGACCAUUUAAAACACCGUAACUUUAGGUUGUACAACUCGAUGUUCCUGUGACACAAGCGGUAGAAUGGCGAGAACGUUUCUGUUGGUGCUGAAUAUUCAUGUAUUUUUUUAUUCUGUAUUUUCAGUAUGCUUUUUUCGAUUUUUUAAUAUGAGCUGUGUACGCACUACAGUUGUACGUGUUAACGUAUUGUUUAUCUCAUGAAAAAAAAGUGCAAAUAAACUCCCUUCAACCUCA